AUGGCUUCAACCGCGCGUAUCAAUCAUUCCAAGAUGGGAGCAGCUGAUCUUUGCGAUGGGUGUUUAGUUGUGUUAUUGGAUGAUUCCAUCGAUGAAUUCUAUGAGGGGCAAAUGGGCAACAGUAACAAUAAGCCGACUCUCCGACACGUGUAUGAGGAGCGGUACCGGGAGCCAGACUACUUUAAUUACGCCAGAUAUGGGGAUGAGGAUGAGGACGAGGACGAGGACGAGGACGAGGAUGAAGAUGAGGGAGAGAAUGAGGGUGACAACGAAGGCGAUUUCUCCCCAGGCACGCCCGAAUUUUUCAUCGCAGGGGUCCCCCCUAGAAGGUGGAAAGAUGAAUUGCCUAGUCUACCUGCCAUGGCUGAGACAGCCGACGCCGGUUGUCAGCUGUGCCAGUUUCUUCGGCAAGCCAUUCUUCGAAAAAAAGUCCCUUUUGAAGGUCCUGUUCAUGUGAGGGCAGGAUAUAUAUGGGGUGCUUGUCGGACCUGGUUUGAAAACAGAGACGAUGGGCUUGUGGCUUGGAGAUGUGAGGUAUUCGAUGGGACGGGAGAAGGAUAUUUGCUGUCUGCCAUUGACUUUAACGUGGAAACAAGAAACGGCAAGUGCUCUGGGACUGUUUACGCAUAUAAAAAGCUAAAAUUGUCUCCAGAUGAGAUAGCUACGUGGUUGCGCAUGGAGAGGAAGCGAUCACCCAUGCCAUUGGACGUACAUAACGUUAGAUGGAUGAAGGACACACUCGGUCAAUGCGAGGAGGAAUGCAACCAUCUCGAAGCCAGGACCGGUUUCUUGCCAACCAGGUUGAUCGACGUUGGAACCAAAACUGGAGACGAUGCGCGACUAAUGAGAACAACCGACACUAACAAUCACGACCUGAAGUACGCGGCUUUGAGCUACUGCUGGGGCCCCAAGGAAGACGCUGCAAAGCAAACCAAGACGAUUAGGUCCAAUUUAUCCCAGAAUCUUGAUGGUAUACCGCUAAGGGACAUGGUUCCUGUGGUAAGAGAUGCGAUUCUCGUUUGCAAAGCCCUCGACAUACAAUACCUCUGGGUCGACGCCCUCUGCAUCCUCCAAGAUGAUUCUGACGACUGGGAUAAGGAGAUCGAGAUGAUGGGUCACAUUUACUACUCUUCAAUCCUCACAAUUUGCCCCUUGUCCUCAAAUUCUUGCUUGGAAGGCUUCUUGGGCCCAAGACCCCAAGGGCUUGACAUCGAAUUUCAAUCCUCUCGCCGCCACAGGAUUCGGGGCAGCUACACCUUUUUCGAAAGCACAUCAUCAACGAAUGACUUUCAAAUCAAUCUGGUGAAAUAUUGCAAAGAUCUAGAUGUGGAUCACUCAUCGUGGGCUACCAGGGGCUGGACACUGCAAGAAGGCCUCAUGUCACUCCGGAUCUUGUUUUUCGGAACAAGCAUGUGUCAUUUCUCUUGCAAGAGAAUAAGCAGAUCAGAGAAUGGCUAUGACUCGUCGGUUGGUGCUUCUCCCAUCGCAGCUCGGGACACCAUGACAUGGAGUUUGAAGCCGCAAGGGCGGCUUUCCGACUCUCAAAGACGGGAGCUGUACGACCGAUGGGUGGAAACUUGGGCAGUAACAAAGAGGAAAUGGACGUAUAGAGAGGAUAUUUUGCCUGCUAUAUCAGGCCUUGCUAAGCAAUAUGCUGCUCUUACCAACGAAGUCUACCUCGCGGGUCUUUGGGAAAACACCCUACACUAUGACCUCCUUUGGCGUAUCAGGUCCCUCGGUCCUGGAGAUUUGGAGGAAACUCUACGAGGAAUUCGACACCAGACGCCAUAUAUCGCUCCGUCUUGGAGUUGGUCAUCACAGCAAAAGUCAUUUGAAAGGUUACGAGCCAGAGACUACAACGCAAGGCCCUAA